CAAUAACUGUUGCACGUGAAAAUUAAUAUCGGCAUAUAUAGGAUUACACUCUUAAUAUUACUCAUAAGCAUUAUGAAACUUUUAACUGUGCCAUUUGAUGCAGCGAAAUACAAAUACGAUACUAUACUAACUUAAUUACGUUUGUUAGACUAGUUAAGGACUACUGCACUACGGGACAGAUAUGGCAUCAUUACAGCAUGUUGUUAGAGUGGAUUGCGGUAAUGCAAUACCGAGCAGUGUUUAUGUUAGUGGUAUGCGAAGAAAUAACGAUUUUACUGCACCACGAAAUCGAUCAUUAGCAAAUCUAAAUGGACAAAUUGAAUGUUAUCCUGGAAUCACUACUGAGAAACCAAAACAUCCCGAUUACGCAAUAAAGAGUUUUAGACAGUCAUCAUUUUCAGGAUGGUGUUCAGAUGUAAUAGAUCCAGCACAAUUAUCUGAAGCGGGAUUCUUUUAUACAGGGAUUAAAGAUUGUGUUAGAUGCUUUUUCUGCGGCGGUGGUAUGAAGAACUGGGAAAGGGGAGACAAUGCAUGGAUAGAACAUGCCAGAUGGUUUCCUAAUUGUGCAUACGUCAAAUUAUACAAGGGGGAAAACUUUGUAAAUAUGUGUAGAAUGGCAAACAUCGGUGGCAUUUCAAAUGAACAGGAGCUGCAAAAUCAGGAACUGUUAGAAUGGAAUGUAGAAAACAGAGGACAGACUGUAGAGGAUCAAUUGAUAGAAGAUUUAAACAGCACAGCUGCCAAGCUUGUUAUGAAUAUGGGAUAUAGCCAAGAAAAUGUUGAAAGUGCAAUAAAUGGUGCCAGACAGAAAUAUGGUACCACAGAGUUAAGAGCACAGUACAUUCUAGAAUUUCUGCUCGAUAACAACUAUACCCCAAGUUCCCCGCCGGAAGUAAAUGCAACAGCGUCCUCUGAAAAUACAUCAUCGCACACAUCUACCUCAAACUUCUCAUCAGAUGAACCAUCAAAUUCUUCUGCUGUACAAAGACUUCGCGAGGAUAUCUUAGCAGAAGAAAAUGAAAACAAUCAAGAAACACGGCAUUUACUAGACGAGAACCGUGCCUUGAAACAACAAAUGACAUGUAAAGUGUGCAUGGACAAAGACGCUUGUAUUGUAUUCAUUCCAUGUGGGCACAUGGUUGCCUGUGUUGAGUGUGCUCUUGCACUAAGAAAAUGUGCAGUAUGUAGGAGUAUCAUUCAAGGAACUGUGAGAGCAUAUCCAGGCUGAACUUGUUCUAGUAUAUUUCAUCACGAGUUUUGCACGAAAAUCUACCUCAGGGCGUAUUGCAAAAUCUCAAGUUGGCUUCAACCAUUUAAUGCAGUGAGUUUGACACCAGAUUUGGAUACCAGAUUUAGCAUUACUGUAUAUUAUGUACCCAUUGAAACAUAGAUCUAUGUAUUGUUAUGUCAUGCUGAUACUCAUCAGAACAAUAAAAUAAAUCACAGUAA